AUGAUGGAGAUCCAGAUGGACGAGGGCGGCGGCGUGGUGGUGUACCAGGACGACUACUGCUCCGGCUCGGUGAUGUCCGAGCGGGUGUCGGGACUGGCGGGCUCCAUCUACCGCGAGUUCGAGCGCCUCAUCCACUGCUACGACGAGGAGGUGGUCAAGGAGCUCAUGCCGCUCGUGGUCAACGUGCUGGAGAACCUGGACUCGGUGCUCAGCGAGAACCAGGAGCACGAGGUAGAGCUGGAGCUGCUGCGCGAGGACAACGAGCAGCUGCUCACCCAGUACGAGCGGGAGAAGGCGCUGCGCAAGCAGGCCGAGGAGAAAUUCAUCGAAUUUGAAGAUGCCUUGGAACAAGAGAAGAAAGAGCUACAAAUCCAGGUGGAACACUAUGAGUUUCAGACUCGCCAGCUGGAAUUGAAGGCCAAAAACUAUGCAGAUCAGAUUUCCCGGUUGGAGGAACGAGAGUCAGAGAUGAAGAAGGAGUACAACGCUCUGCACCAGCGACACACAGAGAUGAUCCAGACCUAUGUGGAGCACAUCGAGAGGUCCAAGAUGCAGCAAGUCGGGGGAAACAGCCAAACCGAGGGCAGCCUGCCGGGGAGGAGCAGGAAGGAGCGCCCCACCUCUCUGAAUGUCUUCCCCCUGGCCGACGGCAUGGUACGUGCACAGAUGGGGGGCAAGCUCGUGCCUGCGGGGGACCACUGGCACCUGAGUGACCUCGGCCAGCUGCAGUUCACCUCCAGCUACCAGUGUCCGCAGGAUGAGAUGUCCGAGUCAGGCCAGUCUUCGGCGGCUGCCACACCCAGCACCACGGGCACGAAGUCCAACACGCCCACGUCCUCUGUGCCCUCGGCUGCCGUCACGCCGCUCAAUGAGAGCCUGCAGCCCCUGGGGGACUACAGCGCCGGCACGAAGAGCAGCAAGCGGGCGCGGGAGAAGCGCAACAGCCGCAACAUGGAGGUCCAGGUCACGCAGGAGAUGCGGAACGUCAGCAUAGGCAUGGGCAGCAGUGAUGAGUGGUCUGAUGUUCAAGACAUUAUCGAUUCUACACCAGAGCUGGACAUGAGUCGGGAACCCCGCCUUGAUCGCACGGGCAACAGCCCGACCCAGGGGAUCGUGAACAAGGCUUUUGGCAUCAACACUGACUCCCUGUACCACGAGCUGUCGACUGCGGGGUCAGAGGUCAUCGGGGAUGUGGAUGAAGGAGCUGACCUGCUAGGGGAGUUCUCAGUGCGCCAUGAUUUCUUUGGAAUGGGCAAGGAAGUGGGGAAUCUGCUGCUGGAGAACUCACAGCUUCUAGAAACCAAAAACGCUCUGAAUGUGGUGAAGAAUGACCUCAUCGCCAAGGUGGACCAGCUGUCCGGGGAGCAGGAGGUGCUCAAAGGGGACUUGGAAGCCGCCAGGCAGGCCAAACUCAGGCUGGAGGGCCGCAUCAAAGACCUGGAGGAGGAGCUGAGGAGAGUGAAGUCAGAGGCCAUUGUCGCCCGCCGAGAGCCCAAAGAAGAGGUGGAGGAUGUAAGCAGCUAUCUCUGUACAGAAUUGGACAAGAUCCCCAUAGCACAGCGCCGCCGCUUCACGCGGGUGGAGAUGGCCCGUGUGCUCAUGGAGCGCAACCAGUACAAGGAGAGGCUGAUGGAGCUCCAGGAGGCUGUGCGGUGGACCGAGAUGAUCAGAGCGUCCCGAGAGCAUCCAUCUGUCCAGGAGAAGAAGAAGUCCACCAUCUGGCAAUUCUUCAGCCGCCUCUUCAGCUCCUCGUCCAGCCCCCCUCCGGCCAAGCGGUCCUAUCCCUCGGUGAACAUCCAUUACAAGUCCCCCACCACGGCCGGCUUCAGCCAGCGCCGCAGCCACGCUAUGUGCCCCAUCUCUGCUGGCAGCCGGCCCCUGGAGUUCUUCCCCGACGAUGACUGCACGUCCUCCACCCGCCGGGAGCAGAAGCGCGAGCAAUACCGCCAGGUGCGCGAGCACGUGCGCAACGACGAUGGGCGGCUGCAGGCCUGCGGCUGGAGCCUGCCGGCCAAGUACAAGCAGCUGAGUCCCAACGGGGGCCAGGAGGACACGCGGAUGAAGAACGUGCCUGUCCCCGUGUACUGCCGCCCUCUGGUGGAGAAAGACCCAACCAUGAAGCUGUGGUGUGCCGCGGGCGUGAACCUGAGUGGGUGGAAACCGAGCGAGGACGACUCUGGGAACGGAGUCAGGCCUUCGCCAGGCCGUGACCCUCUGACCUGCGACCGGGAAGUGGAAGGAGAAACCAAGAGCAAUCACACGUCCCCCGAGAAGAAGGCGAAAGAGCUCCCUGAGCCGGACGCCACCUCCAGCCGCGUGUGGAUCCUCACCAGCACCCUGACCACCAGCAAAGUGGUCAUCAUCGAUGCCAACCAGCCAGGCACCGUGGUGGACCAGUUCACCGUCUGCAAUGCCCACGUCCUGUGCAUCUCCAGCAUUCCAGCGGCCAGUGACAGUGACUACCCCCCGGGGGAGAUCUUCCUGGACAGCGACGUGAACCCCGAGGAUUCCGGUGCCGACGGCGUGCUGGCGGGCAUCACCCUGGUGGGCUGCGCCACCCGUUGCAACGUGCCUCGCAGCAACUGCUCCUCCCGAGGGGAUACCCCAGUGCUGGACAAGGGCCAGGGGGAGGUGGCUACUGUCGCCAGCGGGAAGGUCAACCCAUCUCAGUCCACGGAGGAGGCCACAGAAGCCACGGAGGUGCCAGACUCCGGGCCUAGUGAGGCAGAGGCAGCUGCGGUGCGGCCUGGGCCCCUCACGGAGCAUGUCUUCACUGACCUGGCCCCUGCCCCGGCCCCCAGUGCCCAGCCUGGCAGCGAGAACGGGCCGGAGGCCGACACAGGUGGGGUGCAGCCCGAGCCGGAGCCCAGCGCAGACCCUGCGGGGGCCAGCAAUAGCGCUGCCCCCACCAUGUGGCUGGGAGCCCAGAACGGCUGGCUCUACGUGCACUCAGCUGUGGCAAACUGGAAGAAGUGUCUGCACUCCAUCAAGCUAAAGGACUCUGUGCUGAGCCUGGUGCAUGUGAAAGGGCGAGUUCUGGUGGCCCUGGCCGAUGGGACUCUGGCCAUCUUCCACCGAGGUGAAGAUGGCCAGUGGGACCUGAGCAACUAUCACCUUAUGGACCUGGGCCACCCCCACCACUCCAUCCGCUGCAUGGCCGUCGUGUGUGACCGCGUCUGGUGUGGCUACAAAAACAAGGUGCACGUCAUCCAGCCCAAGACGAUGCAGAUUGAGAAGUCAUUCGACGCCCACCCACGGCGGGAGAGCCAAGUGCGGCAGCUGGCGUGGAUCGGGGAUGGGGUGUGGGUGUCCAUCCGCUUGGAUUCUACGUUGAGGCUCUACCACGCCCACACCCACCAGCACCUGCAGGACGUGGACAUCGAGCCCUACGUCAGCAAGAUGCUGGGCACAGGCAAGCUGGGCUUCUCCUUCGUGCGGAUCACAGCCCUGCUCAUCGCGGGCAACCGCCUCUGGGUGGGCACCGGCAACGGAGUGGUCAUCUCCAUCCCGCUGACCGAGACCGUGGUCCUGCACCGAGGCCAGCUCCUGGGGCUCCGAGCUAACAAAACCUCCCCCACAUCUGGGGAGGGAGCCCGCCCUGGGGGUGUCAUCCACGUGUAUGGUGAUGACAGCAGUGACAAAUCAGCCAGCAGCUUCAUCCCCUACUGCUCCAUGGCCCAGGCCCAGCUCUGCUUCCACGGGCACCGUGAUGCCGUCAAAUUCUUUGUGUCGGUGCCAGGGAACGUGUUGGCCACUCUCAACGGCAGCGUGCUCGACAGCCCCUCCGAGAGCCCCGGGCCUGCCGCCCCUGCCUCAGACGCCGAGGGCCAGAAGCUGAAGAACGUGCUGGUGCUGAGCGGCGGGGAGGGCUACAUUGACUUCCGCAUCGGGGACGGAGAGGAUGAUGACACUGAGGAGAACACCGGGGAUGUGAGCCAGGUGAAGCCCCUGCUGUCCAAGGCAGAGCGCAGCCACAUCAUCGUGUGGCAGGUGUCCUACAGCCCCGAGUGAGGCUCCGGCCUCCCCCGCCCCGCCUGCCUGACGCCAACGUGUACAUACAGCCCCACCUGCCUGCCCACUGCCUGCCCCGCAGGCAGCCCGGCGCCCGCCCCUCUUAUAACCUCUCAACCUGCAGCUUUCACCUUAGGGCCGGGCCUCCCCAAAGGCAGGCAGCAAUGCGGGUCUGGCUGGGAGGGAGGGACCCUCACCAGGAGGGGAAGAACCUCUCGGGACACGUGCCCCAGCAGCUUCUGGCUUGCCCCCGAUCCCAAGUUCUCCCAUCUGGGGGGCAUUUUGGGGCCAGAGCAAGGCAGGAGGUAGGUCGGGCCGGAAGAAGGCCCUAUAGGCGGCUCCCAGCUCCACCCUGGACCCCCCACUUCCCUCACUCCCAGGACCCCCCAGAGCAGGAAGUAGGGAUUUCAGCCAGCCAAGUCUUUCCAGCUGGAGCCCACUCGCCUUUGCCUGCUGCCUGAAGGGGUGGGCCUGACCCUAAGGGAGCCGGCCCGGCCACUGGCCUUCCCUGGGCCCCCCUGCACCCACACCCUGAUGCCUGUCCCAGGAAUUGGCAUGGAAGCACGUAGCCAGGCUGCCUAAGGCAGCUGCUUGAGAAGCCAGAUGCCCUCUUGCUGCUCACUCCGUGUGGCCAGCUCUCCCGGCUCUCCCUGGGCAGAAGACCCACCUGGUAGGAGCAGGCUCUGGAGUCCUCCCCCUCCCAGAAUCCCCUAGGGUGGAAUUUCUCAGGCUGCCAAGGCAGGCCCAGGCCUCAGGAAGAAGGGGAGGCCCCUGGCCUCUUCUGGGGUCAGUCCUAGGACACAGGCUCAGCCUCAGGGUGACAGGGGGACACGUGGUUCAGGGCCUGCCUCCCACACAGUCUCCAAGGAGCCCAGCUCCCAAGACACACUAUGAAGUGCCUAGGGCCGGCAGCAUGGCCUGCUCCCCUGAGGGCAACUGAAGACGAGCCUGCGAGGGCUCGCAGCAGAAGCUGCCUCCAGCCGGCUCUAGGCAUGGAUGCCUGCCGGCUUUGAGGGGUGCCGCCCUGGACUGUCACCUCCCUGACCUGCCCAGGUCCAGGCCUUACUCCUGCUCCAGAGGCCCUGCUGCCCACCCACCUCCCACCAGAGAAGCACAGAUCUCGGGCAGCCACCCCACGAGCCCAGCCGGCCACCGUCACGUGCAGCUGCAGGCUUCUCCCCACCACCCUGCCACUCUCCACUGUGAUGUACGUCCAGUCCCUUCUGUUCCCAUGGGGCCGUGAAGUGACUCGGGGGCUAGCCGGGUGGGUGCAGCUGGGGGAAGGGGCUGGGUGGUGAUUCUCCUGAGGCUUUGGCCCUGCAAGCGAACCCACGUAUCUGCUCUGUAUGUAAUAAAUGUCUUAACAUCGUA